UAGGUUCACAGGGCUGAGCGGAUGUGACGUCACCUGGUUACAGUUGUUGGUAGCAACCAGUACAGAAGCGCAGCGUAAAUAAACCCGUAAUUAAAUAAUAAUAACUGUAUUCUCCCUAAACUAAACCCUGAGAUUAAAGAUUAAAUCAGGAUUUAAACUCGAUAAUGGAGGAAGAAUUUUCUGCUGAGCGGCUGAAACCUGAAGAUUCUCCUGAUAAAAACUCCUGCAGAACCAGCGACUUUUACCGAGUAAAACCAAACCUCCCAAAGCGCUUCAACCAUCCGGAGAAACUCAGAGGAUACAGUAAGAAGACGUUGCAUCCACUGUACCAAACAACCAAUCAGACUUAUGGGAGUAAGAAGCCAACGGUUCAUGAAAUGCCAACUGCCUUCCAUGGAACCUGCCGGAAGUUUUCUGAGAACACUCGCGGGAUGUAUAAAGAUAACGGCUUCAACACGACACUGGAGAAAAGUCCAAUCACAGGACCAAACGCCAUCAAUGUUCUUCAGGACAGAAUUACCUUCCAUCGUUCCGUCUGCUCUGAGAGAAAUCAGGAGACUGGAGCUGAAACAUGAAGAGCUGCAGUCGUUUACCAUCAUUCUGUACUGUUUCAGUCCAAUACAAAUAUAAAUAUUACUGAAAAUUAUCCCAAGAGACAAUAACUUCAAACAAAUGCGGGAUAAAGUUUUUAUUUUUAUUUCAAAAGACACAAUAAAUCAGCAGUGUCCCAA